CUCACAGCGUCCAUACCGGGCAGUCACUCGUAGUAUCCACGCCGCACGUUGCUACACGGCCUACGCUCAUACCUUUGCUCCACACGUAACACAUACACGGUACCUACACUCAUUUGCGUACUGCUUUUGCGACACAUGGCAGUUUCCAUAUUGCACGUAGGUCACGGUGCGCGUAGUCACUCAUAGUGUUUAAUACCGUGCAGUCACUCAUAGCGUUUCAUGCAGUCGUUCAGAACAUUCAUUCCGUACAGUCCCAAAAAAAAAGAAAAAUAAAUGCGUAUAUAUAGUACAUACAUGCGUUGUAGCUUAUAUGCAGAAGGUGCAGUUACAGUGUUGUAUACAGUACACAAGGUCAUAGUAGCAUGCAGUAGGUUACAGGGUUAAGCAUAGCACAUACGCUCGUGGCGUACUUGCAGUGGGUACAUGGUAGUAUCGGAUACAGUACACACGCUCACAGUGUUAUAUUGCAGUGGGUAGUUAGUGUUGUAUACAGUCCAUGCGCUCAUAGUGUUGUUGCAGUGGGUAUAGUUAGUUUGUACACCAGUAUAUAUGCUUAUAGUGUUAUUUGUAGGGGUUACAGUCAUAGGCACGGUAUACAGUUAAUAUGCUCAUAGUGUCAGACGCAGUAGGUACAGUUAGGGUAGUUUGCAGUACAUAUGCGCAGUGUAAUAUGCAGUGGGUACAGUCACACUGGCAUGGUAUACAGGGCAUAUGCUCAUAGUGUUAUAGGCGGUAGGCACAGUUAGGUGGCACAGUGCUUAGGCUCAGUGUCAUAUGCAGCAGGUACAGUUAGUGUUUUUGUUACAGCACGUAUACUCAUAGUGUCAUAUGCAGAACCCACAGUUAGUGUUGCAUACAGUACAUGCGCCCAUAGUGUCUCAUGCAGCAGGUACAGUUACUGUUGUGUACAGUUCACACGCUCGUCACACGCAAUAUUCCCCUCCAGCUGAUCCAGUUGUCUCCUCUUCCCCUCCAGCCGAUCCAGUUGUCUCCUCUUCCCCUCCAGCCGAUCCAGUUGUCUCCUCUUCUCCUCCAGCUGAUCCAGUUGUCUCCUCUUCCCCCUCCAGCCGAUCCAGUUGUCUCCUCUUCCCCUCCAGCCGAUCCAGUUGUCUCCUCUUCCCCUCCAGCCGAUCCAGUUGUCUCCUCUUCCCCUCCAGCUGAUCCAGUUGUCUCCUCUUUUCCUCCGGCUGAUCCAGUUGUCUCCUCUUCUCCUCCGGCUGAUCCAGUUGUCUCCUCUUCUCCUCCGGCUGAUCCAGUUGUCUCCUCUUCUCCUCCGGCUGAUCCAGUUGUCUCCUCUUCUCCUCCGGCUGAUCCAGUUGUCUCCUCUUCUCCUCCGGCUGAUCCAGUUGUCUCCUCUUCUCCUCCGGCUGAUCCAGUUGUCUCCUCUUCUCCUCCGGCUGAUCCAGUUGUCGCCUAUUCCCCUCCGGCUAAUCCAGUUGUCUCCUCUUCUCCUGAAUGACCCCCAAGGAUGGACAAGGACAGGAAUGAGAUGACUAAGAGAAUAUUACACUUCACCUUGGAGAUCCUCCACCUGCUAACCGGAGAGGAUUACACCAUAGUGAAGAAGACAUGGGGGGAGUGUGUGGCCCCCAGCAGCCAUCUCCAUGAGUCAGGAGGACGGAGCAGGGCCCGGGGCCCCAUCACAGAGCCACGACCUCUCUCACUGAUACAUGAGAAGAAGAUCCUAGAACUCAUCCACAGGAUCACUGAGCUGCUGACUAGAGAGGUUCCUAUAAGGUGUCAGGAUGUGGCGGUCUAUUUCUCCAUGGAGGAGUGGGAGUAUGUAGAAGGACACAAGGAUCUGUACCAGGACAUAGUCAUGAUGGAGGAUCACCGGCCCCUCACAUCACAAGAUGGAGUCAUUGAUAGAAAUCCACCCGAGAGGUGUCCCCGUCCUCUGUAUUCCCAGGACUGUCCAGAGGGAAAUGUCUCAGAGAAGCAUCAGGGUGAAGAUCUGAUGGAUAUUAAGGUUGAGGUUAAAGUUGAAGCAGAAGAGGAGACGGAUUUGGGGGCCGAUCAGCAGUAUGGAGUCAUUGAUAGAAAUCCACCCGAGAGGUGUCCCCGCCCUCUGUAUUCCCAGGACUGUCCAGAGGGAAAUGUCCCAGAGAAGCAUCAGGGGGGAGAUCUGACUAAUAAUAAAGUGGAGGAUGAAGAAGAGAGGAUGAGCGGCCAUCACCCGUGUAUGAGGGAAGUGAAGGAGGAAAUUCCAGGAGGUGUUACCCCAGAGCGUCCAAGGAAGAAACAUGAGGAAAACGUCAUGUUAUCUGUGAGUGAUAAAGAAGAUGAUGGAGAGAUCAUGGAGCGCUCCUCAGGAGAAUAUGGAGAGAUCAUGGAGCGCUCCUCAGGAGAAGACCUCCUUACCCCUAAUGUCCAUCCAGAUCUAUCACAUAAUAAUCCCCCUGAUCAUCAGGAACCUUCUCCUCACCAAUCACACAUUACCACAAGGACAGAGAAGAAAAGGAUUCAAUGCGAUGAAUGUGGGAAAUGGUUUACAAAACAAUCAAAUCUUGUUAGGCACAGAAAAAGUCACAGAAAAGAGAAGCCAAAUUCAUGUUGUGAAUGUGGAAAAUGCUUUUCAAGUAAAUCACAGCUUGUUAAACAUAAGAGAAUUCACACUGGGGAGAAGCCAUAUUCAUGUUCAGAAUGUGGGAAAUGUUUUACCAGUAAAUAUCAUCUUGUUGCACAUGGGAAGAUUCACACUGGGGAGAAGCCAUAUUCAUGUUCAGAAUGUGAGAAAUGUUUUACAAGUAAAUAUCGUCUUGUUGCACAUGAAAAGAUUCACACUGGGGAGAAGCCUUAUUCAUGUUCAGAAUGUGGAAAAUGCUUUUUACGUAAAUCACAACUUGUUAAGCAUGAAAAGAGAAUUCACACAGGAGAGAAGCCAUAUUCAUGUUCAGAAUGUGAGAAGAGUUUCUUAAGUAAAUCAGAUCUUGUUAAGCAUGAGAGAAUUCACACAGGAGCGAAGCCAUAUUCAUGUUCAAAGUGUGGGGAAUGUUUUAUAAGUAAAUCACGUCUUGUUAAACAUGAGAAAAGUCACACAGGAAAGACCCCAUAUUCAUGUUCAGAAUGUGGAAAUUAUUUUACAACUAAAUCGGCACUUGGUAAACAUGUAAGAAUUCACACAGGGGAGAAGCCGUAUUCAUGCUUAGAAUGUGGAAAAUGCUUUUCACAAACUUAUGAGCUUAUUAUACAUAGGAGACGUCACACAGGAGAGAAGCCAUAUUCAUGCUCGGAAUGUGGGGAAUGUUUUAUAACUAAACCACAACUUUCAGGACAUGAGAGAACUCACACAGGGGAGAAGCCAUAUUCAUGCUCAGAAUGUGGGGACUGUUUCAUAACUAAAUCACAACUUUCAAGACAUGAGAGAACUCACACAGGGGAGAAACCAUAUUCAUGUUCAGAAUGUGGGAAAUGUUUUUCAUAUAAAGCAGCUCUUGUUAAACAUGAGAGAAGUCACACAGGAGAUAAGCGAUAUUCAUGCUCAGAAGGUGGAAAAUUAUUUACCGAAAAUUCAAAGCUUGUUAUACAUGAGAGAAGUCAAACAAGAGAGAAGCUAUUUUCAUGUUCAGAAUGUGGGAAAUGCUUUGGAUGGAAAUCUCAUCUUGUUACGCAUUUGAGAAGUCACACAGGAGUAAAGCCAUAUUCAUGUUCAGAAUGUGGGAAAUGCUUUAUUCAGAGAAUACAUCUUCUUGUACACGAGAGAAGUCACACAGGAGAGAAGCCAUAUUCAUGUUUAGAAUGUGGUAAAUGCUUUUCACAACAACCACAUCUUAUUAUACAUGAGAGAAAUCACACAGGAGAGAAGCCAUAUUCAUGUUCAGAAUGUGGGAAAGGUUUUACAUUUAAAUCAGGUCUUGUUCUACAUGAGAGAAUUCACACAGGAGAGAAGCCAUAUUCAUGUUCAGAAUGUGGGAAAGGUUUUACAUUUAAAUCAAGUCUUGUUAUACAUGAGAGAAUUCACACAGGAGAGAAGCCAUAUUCAUGUUCAGAAUGUGGGAAAGGUUUUUCAUGUAAAUCAUAUCUUGUUAAACAUGAGAGAAGUCACAAAGUGAAAUUAUAAUGUAUAAUCAAGGUUAAAACGUUAUUUCCCUUAAUGUUAAAAAUAUGCCAUGGUAGGACCCCCGCCCCCCAGAGAGAGAGAGAGAGCUGAUGUAGUCACCCCAAAAGCUGUUUUAUUGUAGUCAUCCUAUAAACUGUUGUAUUGGAGGAGUCACCCUAUAAGCUGUUGUAUUGGAGGAGUCCCCCUAUAAGCGGUUGUAUUGGAGGAGUCCCCCUAUAAGCGGUUGUAUUGGAGGAGUCCCCCUAUAAGCUGUUGUAUUGGAGGAGUCAUCCUAUAAGCUGUUGUAUUGGAGGAGUCCCCCUAUGAGCUGUUGUAUUGGAGGAGUCCCCCUAUAACCGGUUGUAUUGGAGGAGUCACCUUAUAAGCUGUUGUAUUGUAGUCACCCUAUAAGCGGUUGUAUUGGAGGAGUCCCCCUAUAAGCUGUUGUAUUGGAGGAGUCCCCCUAUAAGCGGUUGUAUUGAGGCGUCACCCUAUAAGCGGUUGUAUUGGAGGAGUCACCCCAAAAGCUGUUUUAUUGUAGUCAUCCUAUAAACUGUUGUAUUGUAGUCCCCCUAUAAGCGGUUGUAUUGGAGGAGUCACCCUAUAAGCUGUUGUAUUGGAGGAGUCCCCCUAUAAGCUGUUGUAUUGGAGGAGUCACCCUAUAAGCGGUUGUAUUGGAGGAGUCCCCCUAUAAGCUGUUGUAUUGGAGGAGUCCCCCUAUAAGCGGUUGUAUUGAGGCGUCACCCUAUAAGCGGUUGUAUUGAGGCGUCACCCUAUAAGCUGUUGUAUUGAGGCGUCACCCUAUUAGCGGUUGUAUUGGAGGAGUCCCCCUAUAAGCGGUUGUAUUGGAGGAGUCACCCUAUAAGCUGUUGUAUUGGAGGAGUCACCCUAUAAGCAGUUGUAUUGGAGGAGUCCCCCUAUAAGCUGUUGUAUAGGAGGAGUCCUCCUAUAAGCGGUUGUAUUGAGGCGUCACCCUAUAAGCGGUUGUAUUAAGGCGUCACCCUAUAAGCGGUUGUAUUGGAGGAGUCCCCCUAUAAGCGGUUGUAUUGGAGGAGUCCCCCUAUAAGCGGUUGUAUUGGAGGAGUCAACCUAUGAGCUGUUGUAUUGGAGGAGUCCUCCUAUAAGCGGUUGUAUUGGAGGAGUCCCCCUAUAAGCGGUUGUAUUGGAGAAGUCACCCUAUAAGCUGUUGUAUUGGAGGAGUCCCCCUAUAAGCUGUUGUAUUGGAGGAGUCCCCCUAUAAGCGGUUGUAUUGCAGGAGUCCCCCUAUAAGCGGUUGUAUUGGAGGAGUCCCCCUAUAAGCUGUUGUAUUGGAGGAGUCACCCUAUAAGCUGUUGUAUUGGAGGAGUCACCCUAUAAGCUGUUGUAUUGGAGGAGUCCCCCUAUAAGCUGUUGUAUUGUAGUCACCCUAUAAGCGGUUGUAUUGGAGGAGUCCCCCUAUAAGCGGUUGUAUUGGAGGAGUCCCCCUAUAAGCUGUUGUAUUGGAGGAGUCCCCCUAUAAGCUGUUGUAUUGGAGGAGUCCCCCUAUAAGCUGUUGUAUUGGAGGAGUCACCCUAUAAGCUGUUGUAUUGGAGGAGUCACCCUAUAAGCUGUUGUAUUGGAGGAGUCACCCUAUAAGCUGUUGUAUUGGAGGAGUCCCCCUAUAAGCUGUUCUAUUGGAGGAGUCCCCCUAUAAGCGGUUGUAUUGGAGGAGUCACCCUAUAAGCGGUUGUAUUGGAGGAGUCCCCCUAUAAGCGGUUGUAUUGGAGGAGUCCCCCUAAAAGCGGUUGUAUUGGAGGAGUCACCUUAUAAGCGGUUGUAUUGGUGGAGUCACCUUAUAAGCGGUUGUAUUGGAGGAGUCCCCCUAUAAGCGGUUGUAUUGGAGGAGUCCCCCUAUAAGCGGUUGUAUUGGAGGAGUCCCCCUAUAAGCUAUUUGUAGUGUAGUCCCCCUAUAAGCUGUUGUAUUGUAGUCACCCUAUAAGCUGUUGUAUAGGAGGAGUCCCCCUAUAAGCUGUUGUGUUGGAGGAGUCACCCUAUAAGCUGUUGUAUAGGAGGAGUCCCCCUAUAAGCUGUUGUGUUGGAGGAGUCACCCUAUAAGCUGUUGUAUAGGAGGAGUCCCUCUAUAAGCUGUUGUAUUGGAGGAGUCCCCCUAUAAGCGGUUGUAUUGGAGGAGUCACCCUAUAAGCGGUUGUAUUGGAGGAGUCCCCCUAUAAGCGGUUGUAUUGGAGGAGUCCCCCUAUAAGCUAUUUGUAGUGUAGUCCCCCUAUAAGCUGUUGUAUUGUAGUCCCCCUAUAAGCGGUUGUAUUGGAGGAGUCCCCCUAUAAGCUGUUGUAUUGGAGGAGUCCCCCUAUAAGCUGUUGUAUUGUAGUCACCCUAUAAGCUGUUGUACAGGAGUCCCCCUAUAAGCUGUUGUGUUGGAGGAGUCACCCUAUAAGCUGUUGUAUAGGAGGAGUCCCCCUAUAAGCUGUUGUGUUGGAGGAGUCACCCUAUAAGCUGUUGUAUAGGAGGAGUCCCCCUAUAAGCUGUUGUAUUGGAGGAGUCCCCCUAUAAGCUGUUUUAUUGUAGUCACCCUAUAAGCUGUUGUAUAGGAGGAGUCCCCCUAUAAGCUGUUGUAUUGGAGGAGUCACCCUAUAAGCUGUUGUAUUGGAGGAGUCCCCCUAUAAGCUGUUGUAUUGGAGGAGUCCCCCUAUAAGCGGUUGUAUUGUAGUCCCCCUAUAAGCUGUUGUAUUGGAGGAGUCCCCCUAUAAGCUGUUGUAUUGUAGUCACCCUAUAAGCUGUUGUAUUGGAGGAGUCCCCCUAUAAGCUGUUGUAUAGGAGGAGUCCCCCUAUAAGCUGUUGUGUUGGAGGAGUCCCCCUAUAAGCGGUUGUAUUGUAGUCCCCCUAUAAGCUGUUGUGUUGGAGGAGUCCCCCUAUAAGCGGUUGUGUUGGAGGAGUCCCCCUAUAAGCGGUUGUAUUGUAGUCCCCCUAUAAGCUGUUGUGUUGGAGGAGUCCCCCUAUAAGCGGUUGUAUUGUAGUCCCCCUAUAAGCGGUUGUGUUGGAGGAGUCCCCCUAUAAGCGGUUGUAUUGUAGUCACCCUAUAAGCUGUUCUGUCUUGUCCACCCUCCAGUGUAGAAUUAGAGAGUGUUUAGCGCAGCAGGCGGUGUCACCCCGAAGCGAACGAGAUUGUCAGUCAGCAACAUAGAAAAACGAAACAUUUACUAAAAUUGGUCCGGCAUGGAUCAGUGAGGACUUUAUACUCCUGUGCAAGAUGCCACUGAUUACACACUACUACCACCGCUCCUGCUGUAUGCUGACUACUACCCCACCAACUCCGCAACCUCCUGCUUUCUGCUGGCUACUACAACUACCACUGUGAUGGGGCAUCCGCACCAAAGUAUUCUUUAUAAUUCUUCCACAGUUUUUGAUGUAUUCUGAACGUAACUUAGGCCAUUUGUCUAUGUGUAAUGGAGGGGGCAGGGGGAUCUAUUGUCAUGGGUGGUCAGAAGAUCUGCAUAGGAGAUAAAGGACACAGGGAGAUGGCGGUAUUGAUCAAAGGAAUGUGACAUAUGUCAGGUGACCACCUUAUGUCUGGACAGGGGCUGGGUGCAGUGCUGUGCCCAGGUCUGGAGGGUUGGACUGAGGCAUGCUGGGAGGCUUUCUUCCACAUUGGUAUGAGAUGAGGUUGGUAAGUGGUGGAGGAGAGUUGUGUGACGUCCUAGAGACAGGACCUGAUGUUAAUACAGAGCCUGCUGGGACAUGUAGUACCCCAAUUGUUGUGGAAUCUUGUGUUGGAGUUGCUAACAACACCGCUCUGGAGAUUGUGCCCCAGAAUCUGGAGGACAGCUGGGAUAGAGGGGCCAUGGCUGAGGCCAGCCCUCUGGAACAAGGAAUCGUGUCUGUGUGUGGCCCCCUGUGAACUGAGGAGCGGAUGGGAGGACCGAACCCCAGGGGACCUGAGGAACCACAAAAAGACCCGGAGUUAUCUUGUGGAUUGUGGACAAUAUAUACGAGUGCGACCUGGAGCUGAAUCCUGGGAUCUGUGGUUUGUUCCUUCCCCUGUACCCCUAGCCAUGGACUGUACCCCUAGACGUGGAUUGUGUUUUGUGUGUGAUCUCUGACAAUAAAACCAGUUCUGUUCUCCCAGCUCUUUCUCUGUUAAUUGUGCGACAAUCCCUAAGUU